AUGAAAACACUUAGAUCGCUGAACAUCAUUAAGAACGAAAGAGACAAAUAUGAUCUCCAGAAGAGUUAAAUUGAAGACACUAAAACAAGCUAUGUUAAAGCGAGUGAAAAACCCACUUUAAAAAUCAACAUGAAGUAAUCUCUACCAUAGAUAUACUAAGAAGUAGCUUAAGAUUAAAAAUCCCCACAAAAUAUAGUGUUUGACUAUAAUAGCUUAGAUGUUUCUCCUGAAUUUAAGAAAGAAAAACCUAUAAUAAGAUAAAAACGCCAGACUGAAUUUAUCUAGGUUAAACAUUCAAAGAGACCUUCUUAACAUUUUCAAGAAAAUAAUUAGAAAAUUAGCAAUAGCAAUAUUAAUAAUAAUUAAUUUGAAUAUGGUGAAAGAAGAAAUAGUUUGAGUAUUGUUAAAAACGAUGAUUACCAAUUUAAAAAUAAAUAAACUCAGUAAGAAAAAAAAAAUGCCAUGCCAAUAAAGCUUAAUAAUUUAACCCUUCAAACAAAUGCUAAUAAUUAGAAAAAUACAAACAAUUUUUAUUCACCACAGCACCAUAAUGUUGCUUCUUUCAGCUAUCAAAAAAAUAUUGAGCAAGCAGAUUCUAAUAAAAAUACUUAGUAAUUCCAUUCAUAGCACAAUAGUAAUAAUAACUAUUUAAUUUAAAGCCAAAUAACAAAAAAGUCUACUUUGCAUAAUAUUGAACCUAUAGCGUAUGGAAGCGAGGAAUUUUAAACUUUGACAAGCCAAGAAAAUUUAAAUAAAGCCUCAGCCAGCAAUAUUGGUUAAUAAACUACAAAUAAAUUUGGAAAGUAAAGGAUAUUAAGCUUAAGAUUAAAAGUAGAUUCGCCUAACAUAAAUAGAUUAAAAACAUAAACAAUGUUUAGCUCUAAUCCAAAAUCUUUGAAUUACUAAGUAUCACCUACCAAUCUAUCAUUUAAAAAAAUAAACUUCUUGAGUCCAAACUUGAAGCCAAAUAAAUUUCCUAAAUAAUACUUUUUUGAUAAGAAAGUAAGUGAUCAUAAUGAAAACUAAAAGUCUCCUGAAUCAGAAAAUUAUAUAGGUGAUAACUUUUUAACAGCUAUAAAUAGCUUUAAAUAAUAAAUAUAAUCAGAUGAAAACAAUAGUAAAAACAAAAGGAAGAACGACUAAAAUAAAAAGGAUGAAGAGUACAUUGAAUAAAUGAUGAAUAACUCUAAGGGUUUAAUUAAGCAUGAAGAGGAGUGUCUCCCUGGAAGCUAAAAUAUUGAAGAUCAAUUUAGAUUUAUUCACAAAAAUAUUGAUAAAAUAGAAGAAAAAAACCAUUUUUAUGGGUAAUAAUCUACAUUCUUAGUUGACUUAGUUUCUACAUUAAAUAAAAUCUAACUCCCUCCUUAAAAAAUGAAUUACCUUAAAGACAAUCAAAAUUGUAGUGUUUUGAACAUCAAUAACUUUUAAAUGUCUGCUAGACAAACAGGAUUUUUUACCAAAGUUAUCAGCACAGAACCUUAUAAAAAUAAUCUUACUGUAAUUACAGCAAAUAACAACAAUAUAACAGAUACUGAAUUCGUAAAUAUGAUUAAAUAGCUACCUCACAGAAUCGAAGUUCUCAUAUUAAAAUAAAAUUUUAUUUCAAAUUUGGGUCUUAUAUAGAUUUCUGAAGUUCUAAAAAGCAAUCAUCAGCAAUUAAUUUAAUUAGACCUAGAAAAUAACAAGAUUAAAGAUUUGGGAGCUAAAGCAUUGUUUAAGGCUUUACUUUAAAAUAAUAGUCUAGCAAAACUUAAUCUUUCUUAGAAUUAAAUAGGCGAUGCAUGCAGUUAAGAAUUAAAAGAUUUGUUAGAAAAUUCUAUGACUCUGUAAGAAUUAUACCUAAAAUGGAACAAUUUUAGGUAAGAUGGGGGCAUAUGUAUCGCUUAAGGCAUUAAGAAAAAUUAAUCUUUAAAAGUUUUAGAUAUUAGUUUUAAUAAUUUGGGCAGCCAUUAAUCAAAAAAAUUACUUGCUAACGAGAAAGAGAUACCUCCUACAAUAGGAAAAUAGUUUGCAGAGGCAUUUACAUCAAAUAAAAAGCUAAUACACUUAGAUAUGAGUAAUUGCAACUUAGAAAGCCAAGAGUGCUAACUUAUUUAAGAAGCUAUUAAAAAGAAUACGAUUCUUUUUGGACUGCAUUUUGAAGGCAACAGCAACUAUUUUGUUGAUGAAAAUGGUUUUAUUAACAAAGAUGAAAAAAUAGUAUCUGAUGACUUAGAUCAAGAGUUAUUUAAAUAAGUUGGUGCACCAAAUGUUUUUACUCAUUCUAUUCAAGGUAUUUUAUAUACAGUAAACCCCUAAAAAAAGAAAUACAGAGAUAUUUGCUGGGUUUGUGAAGGCUGGGAGUAUUUGUAAUUUAAUUAUGAUGACAAUAAUAACAAAAAUUUAAAAGUAUAAAGUGAUUUAUUUAUUCAUUUUGAUUUCGAUGGCUACAAAGCACACAAAAUGUAAAAAAUAGGAACUUAGUCUUAUUAAUUUUACAAAAUGUGUCCUCCUAAUAAAACAAUCUAGUAUUUCAUUACUGAACCUAAAUAAAUGCAAAUCAUUUUAGAUGAUCAUAGCAAUAAAAUACAAUUGAAAAAAGCUAUACAUCUAAAUAUCAAUUACAAAAAUGCUCUAAACAAUAACGAGGAAGAAGAGGUUGUAAGUUUAGAAAUAGAUUAAUUUAAUGUUAUCCAAACCAUAUAAUAAAACAUAUUUAGUCAAGAAUAUUAUUUAUAAGUAGAAAGCGGAAUAAGAGAUCCUGAUUAAAUUUGA